UGAUGCACAUAAAUAAGGUUUUGAGCCCCUGUACUGUUUCUGGAAGUACUGAGGCGCUCUUUUGUUUACUAGCUAACUAGUUUCUAUGGUGGUUGCUCGCUAGUUAGCCUGAUCUGCAGGUAACGGUAGUUCGCUAAAUAGCUAGCUGUGAGUGGAAGUAAAAAUAGUCAUGCUGUGAACUCAUAUUUUAAUUAUGUGGUUUUCAUGUUGGUUUUUGUUUCUAGGUAGUGAAGUUUAUAUUGUAUUGGGCAGUUAAAGUACCUGCGAAUCGUUUAUGUCAGCUUCAGAACUUAACGUACUUUAGCUUCCUAGCUAGCUAAUAUCAAAACAGAGAUGUGCUGUUUGUGUAGCUAGCUAUGUGCUUUCAUGAUUUAAUUGAAUUGAGCUAAGGUUAGCUUGAUGCCUAUAAUAUUAUGAAUAGAUACAAUCGUUAAAUAGAUUUAGUCCGAUAUUCCGGUGUAAUAUAUAACUAACGAGAGAAUUUGAACAAUGUUGUGUCUGAAUUCUGCAGCCAAGGAACACAGCAAUUGUUUACAUGCAUGCCAAAUAAUAACGUUAAGCAGCAAGUUACUUGACUAUGAGUAUUAAUUCACGUCUAGUCUAAUGUCAACUAUUUAACGUUACCUUGCUCAGUAUUUUGGAUACAUUUAGAAUUUCGUUUGUCGAACAAACUGCCAGAAACGAGCAUUAAGCGCAAAAGUAAUAUCUUGCUAGCUGUGGAGUAAGUUAAUUAAUAGAAGUAUCUCCUGAAGUGAGUGGUUUAACGUUAUUUUAAUAUUAUUUUAUUUUAUCGCCUUUCUGCAUGGACAUAAAGAGGCAGUGGAUUAUACGCAUACAUUAUUAGAUUUAGAUUAAUAUUAAAUGAUUAUUGUUCUCAAAAUAGCUAAUGUUUCGUGUAUCAACGUGUGGUGAUGUCGAAUUUGUGAUGGAUAACUAGUUAGCUCUCUACAUAGUCUACCUAAUUGUUCUCGAAUAGCUAGACUGUCUGUAAUAGCUGUCUGUUACGAUGCUGUGGUAUCAAUAUGCUGUCCAGCUAUGUUACCCGCGUUACAAAUGCGUCCCGUAUGACGUGAAUGGCAACAAGCAGCCAUAAACUGACAUACCGUGAGAUAAUAUAGCGGUUAUUGUAGCUUCAAAUGGACAAAAGUGAUGUACACUCAGGAAAAAACUCGACAACGUCUCUUUUCAAAUAUAAAGCCGUAGUUACUCACAAACAUCCACGGAGCCUAGUUUUUGCUGGGUUUCAUAGAAAACGACUUGAUAUUAACUACACCAACUCUAUAUCUAAUCAUAGCCUUAACCAAAGCCAGUAUUCUGUGGCACACUGUCAACGACGAAAGCAUGCAGCUCUGUGGAUGAUUGUUGAAAGGGGUGGGGCCCAAAGACCUGCCCAGUGGGCAUGGUGACAGUGUGCGUCACCAGGCUCCAUAUGCACUGGACUCACCUGGAGCUGAGAGACGAGUGCACAUAUCAGAAUGCCAGAGAUAACAAAGAAGCAGACCCCCGCCCACAAACCUCAGCGCAGGAAGAAGAACAAGGAAAGUCACAAUGCAGUUGAGAGGCAUCGGAAGACGAAAAUUAACGCUGGAAUCAAUCGCAUUGGAGAACUGCUGCCUUGCUCGCCAGCCUUGAAGCAGAGUAAAAACAUGAUUCUGGACCAGGCCCUUCGCUACAUCAUACAGCUCAAGCAGCAGAAUGAUAUUCUCCUGCUCAAUGGAGGAGACCGAGUACAAGCGGAGGAGAUUUGCUGUUUGCGGCGGCAGCUGGAGGAGCUGCGUAAGGAGAGCGCUCACUACAUGGAGCUGCUGAAGGCCAACGGCAUCAGCUUCCUCAACGACCCCACCGUGCACUGGAAGGGCAAGCUGCGCUGCGCCAAGGUGGCCAAAGUCACGCCCACCCACCUGGUGCCCGACGGCAUCAUCGUCUACUCCAACGGGAACGUGGUGUGCCCGGCCGCGGAGGACCAGUCCACGCACAGCCCCACCCUGGAUGUGAGGAAGCAGCCGGCGGAGGCCCUGGUGAUCCAGUCCCGCUGUGACGUCACGGCGGGCGUCGGGCCGAAAUUGUGCCCCAACGGGUCCGUGCUACGGGACUCGCCAGCGUCUUCGGCCCCACAGGUCCUGCUGGGGGCCAGCCUUGUCCCCCCAGUGUGCAUGCCUAGUGUCAGGCUGGUGGAGCAGCAGCAGCCAGCCAAGGCGCAUCCAGUCACAACGCUGGCCCCUUCCCUGUCCUACAUCGCCAUUCAGGGUCCGUGCCCCCUCCCUGCAAACAGCAGCGCCGUUCAGCCCCCUGUGUCCACCCCCACACCAAGUCCUGCGGCCAUACCCGGCCAGCCAGCCUCCCUCCCCCCGGCCCUUACACAGGCUGCUACGGCGGGUGCCCCUAAUCCCCCCAGUGGCGUGAACAGAUCUGUGAGCUACGUACCGAGCUCGAGCGCACCCUCACCAACCGUUGCCCCUCUGGCCUUCCACAUCAGUACGGCAGGGAGCACUCAGACCACCUGGACCACACUGCAACUGGACGGGAACUCCCAGCCCGUCUGUCACCCAGCCCCCACCCAAACACCUGCUCUCACCCCCGCGCCUGCCCUUGCCCCUGCCCCUGCCCUCAGUAUCAGAAGCUCCGCAGUGUCUUAUAGUGGACUGCAGGGGACAUCUCUAUGCUCCCCUGUAGCUAAGUCUUCAAUUCAGCCUGUUCUUGCUUCUCCCCAAGUCCAGGCACCACCUAUACCCUUGCCCCAAGCGCCCCCUUCAUCACUGUCCCAGUCUGCCUUUUCUCCUCCCCAAGUCCAGGCGCAACCCCUGGCCCCACCCGUACCCCUGCCCCGAUCCCCCCCUCCACCGCAGUCCCAGUCUGCCGUUUUUCCUGUGCUGCAGGUGCUGCAGGUGAAGAGCGCCCCAGCCCCUGCCGUCCCCCAGACCCCCAACAAACCGAACGUGUUCAUCCUGCAGCCGGUCAAUCCUUGCCAACCAACGGCUGUGGCCGGGAGCAGCCUGCCCAGUCAGAACCCGUGUCAGCAUAUUGUCAUCAUUCAAGCACCCAAUCAGAACCCUGUUCCACCGACCUCCCAGGGCAACGCGGGACCGGCUGCGGUCUCUCCAGCUGACCAGACUAGCACUUACAGUGUGGUAGCUGGCGGUGGCAGCGGCGUACAGACCGUGGGGGGGAAGCAGCUGGUGCACAUCCUCCCCCGGCCGCUGACGUCUGCGCAGACGUCCCAGACGUUCACAGUGAGUGGGCAGGUGUUUUCCUUGCAGGCUGUGAAGCCUCACGGCGGGGCAGGGGCAGCAGCUCAGACCCCGCUGCAGAUCGUCCAGCCCACGACCAGGGAGGAUCCCAACGUCAACAUCACCCUGCACUCCCUGGGAGCUCUGGCUAAUCUCAAUCAGAGUAUCUCGCACGUCCCUGGCCAGAGCCAGGCCCCGCCCCCUGCGCCUGCACCGCCUGCCGUGCCCGUUGCCCCGGAAACCGUGAACUGCAGCUCCCCGGCUGGGCCGACCAGAUCGGCCCCUUUGGCUUUAGCACCAGCGGGUGGCGCCGCAACGGUCCUUCCCAGGAAGGCCUGUGCCUCGCCCAGAACCAAGCGCGCUGGCACCAAGGUCAGCACAGCCCAGAAAACGAUAUCUAAACUGGGAGGCCCCGCCCUUCAGCCCGCUAAGUCCGCUGGGAAACAGGCGCCUGCCAUUUCAACAAAGACUGGGGAAAUUUCCAUGUUCCCUCCUACAGAACUGGCUGCAGCAUCAAAGCUGUCCUGUCUAGCCUCCAAGGCCAUAGAACCCUCCCACACUGCCACAGACGUUACAGCCAGUUCAUCGGUGACUGGGCCCACAGUGAGCAGCGUCUGUUCCACAGUGAUUGGACCCAAAACAUGUAGUGGCAGUUCCAUAGUAAGUAGUGUUAGCUCUAUAGCUACUAGUGCCACGUCCAAAAUGACUGUACCCACAGCCACUGUUGACACCUCCACAGUGACUGGACCCACAACCACUAGUGUUACUUCCACAGUGAAUGGACCAAAAGCCACUACUGUCAGUUCCACAGUCACUGCACCUACAGCCACUCAUAUCGGUUCCACGGUGCCUGGAUCGACAGUUAGUAGUGUCAGGUCCGUUGUAGCUAGUGGCAGUUCCACAGUAGUUGGACCUAGAGUAAGUAAUAGUGGUUCCUCGGCCAUUAUUGUCAGAUCCACAGAGUCCGUCCCCACAGCCAAUAUUGUCAGUUCAACAGAGACUAGACCCACAGCCACUAGUGUCAGUUUCACAGCGCCUGAAGUCAGAGCAAGUGGUGUCAGUACCACAGCUAACAGUGUUGGUACCACAGGCCACAGGAUAACGGCUUCUCCGCAAGUUGUUUUUGUCACAACCGAGUCCAGUCGGCCAGCAGACCUCCAGGAUUCCCUGUCUGUCUCCCUGCCCCCCACCCCAGCGCCUUCCACCUUUGUCUCGGCCUCGCCCUCAGUGUCAGCCCCCCUCUCCCACAUGUCAGAGUGCACAAGGCCCCCAUCUCGCCAGCAUGGUCCUGUCCUUUCCACCACUGCACCUGACUCCACCCUUAUGGAGACCAAAACCACCAAGUUGAGCAUGGAGAGGGAUCUCAGGGAGGCGGACAUGGGAGGACACGCCCUUCCCAGGAAGGAUCCCUCGCUGCAGCAGGCGUGUGUGCUGGACCAGGAUGCACUGGGACAGCCCCUGGGCGCCAACGCCUGCGGAGGUAGUCGCGGGUUCUCCAUCGCCUCCAUGCUCCCCGUGGGCCACGUGGUCAGCACUUCGUCUUCUGCCUUUGGGACCUUCACCUUCACUUCAGAGCAGACCGAGAUCCUUGCCCUGGCCGCGAGGGCCUUCUUCGAGCAGGAUGGCCCAGGGACGAGCAAGGGAAGCAGCUGCAGCUCGCACACCCCUGCUCCUGCUGGCUGGGAGGUCCCCAAACUUCCACAGAGCUCCCAUCGCAAGGACAGGGCCUCUGGAUCACAGGCAAAGCACACCGAUGUUCUGACGGGAUCCAGCCUUCCGGUGUCUCUCCGAGUUCAGCCUGUGGUGGGUACCACAAGUGGGCCGGUUGGAUCCAGGAACCCUCUGUCCCUGUCCUACAGCUCGGCACCGCACUCUCAGUCUCAGCCUCCCCAUUCGCAGGGCACGCAGUCGCAGCCCUCCCAGGCGCAGACGCAGCCCACGCAGUCGCAGUCCGCGCAGCUGCAGUCCACCGCUGUGGGCAGUCUCAGCGUUAAUAAUCUGAUCAGGCCGCUCAGCUCCGGGCAGCAGCCCUACGCCUGCUCCCCCGGUCACGCCCAGCAGCAGGGCUCCGUCCCGUCGCCCAUAGCGACCGCCGUGCCCGUGGUGCAGUCCCCGGCCCCCCUGCUCCCGCCGUGUCCGGAGUACACGCCGCUCAAGAGCGCUCUUUUGAGGUCGCAUGGGGCAGAGCACCACCUGAAGGACAUGUCCAAGCGCCCUGCCCCCGAGGACACCCUACUCCCUAGCGGCAAGCGCCCCAAGACCUGCUCCGCCCCCAACAUGACUCAGAUGGACAUGAAAGCUGCGCCGCCUGACCACACCCAGAUGAUGGUCAGUUCCAGUAGCAGCAGCUCCUCCAUGUCCGGUGGGCGGGGCUAUCCUUCCGAUGGACUCGGGGGCCUCUUCCCUGGCAACAGCUACACGAGCUCUGUGCUGAAAGCGGUAGAGGGCCACUGUGCCCCUCAAGGGCCCUCCCAUGAGCAGAGUCACUCCCAGCACAUCCCCCACCCACCUGGGCACCACCUGCCCAUGGGUAAUCCCUACCUGAAGCAGCAGCAGCAGCAGCAGCAGCAGCAACAGCAGCAGCAACAACAGGGCCAGAGACAUCACCUUUACCAGCUGCAACAUCACCUGACACAGCCGGACCCAGGACAACAGCUCCACGGCAUCCAUCAAAGGACACUGCAGCAGGAUCAGCACAGUCAGAAGAAAAGGGGCUUGGUGCAGAGGGGCCAACCGGGGGCCCCUAUGGGUCUGCCACAGAAAGCGCAUCACGUGGACAAGAGCAGAGAGCAGCAGCAACAGCAGCAGCAGCAGCAACAGCAACAGCAACAACAGCAACAGCAGCAGCAACAGCAACAGCAGCAGCAACAGCAACAUCAGCAGCAGAGUUCCCACUCGCGGCACCAGCACAUCCAGCACAUCCAGCAGCAGCAGUUCGGCACUCGUCCCCAAGAGAAGGGCUGCGAGGCUCAGCCGGCGGCGAGCCGCGGUCUCCACGGCAGCCACCUGGGCCAGGAGCGGCAGGCGGGCCAGAACCACGGCGCCCUGCAGCGGCUCAUGAGCUCCCGCACCCUGGAGCAGCUGACCUCGCAGCCGGGGGGCGCCGUGUCGCGCCCCUCCGACAUCACGUGCACCCCGUCCCGGCAGGAGCGCCACCGCAUCUCCAGCUACUCGGCCGAGGCGCUCAUCGGGAAGUCCACCUCCAGCGUGGACCAGCGCAUGGGGCUGCCCCUGCAGGCGGCGCGCGCGUCGCAGGACCAGGCCGACCUGCACACCUACCUGGACGCUUCCAGGGGGAAGGGCAUCGUGGGCCACAACGCCCAGGGCCACUCGGGGCCCCAGAACGUCUCGCGCGGCGGCCCCGCGGGGCAGCACCAGCUCGGCGGCUUCGAGGUGCAGGUGUCCCGCGGGAGCGACAUGGGCCACAAGCCCGCUCCCCCGUCCCACAGGGGCCUGCAGGCGCAGGGUAUCAGGAUGGGGCUGGGCUCGGGGGUGGAGCGGCAGCCACGGGGGGUGUUCCCCGGGGCACAGGGCGUGCCCAUGGGAGCGGGGCACCGGGAGCAGGAGAGCUGCCACCAGAGUUUCAUGCAGAGUCUCCUGGUGCCCCACUUGCCUGAGCAGUUGGGCCACCAAAGCGUGGCGCAGUGCUGCCCCCCAGUCAGCAUGGAGUACAGCUGUGGGUCGGGCGGGUCGAGCGCGGACCUGCAGGCCAAGGCGGGCAGUCCCAGUGUGCCGCCCGCCCAGAAAACCCCCAACAUGCACAUGAGCGAGGGGAACAAAGGACACCUCAACCCGCAGGUCAGUACCAACAUGCAGGGACCCGGAGUACGAGGAGGACUGCCCCCGCACCCCUCCACGGCCCAGAGCAGCUCCGAACCGGGGCGUGCCCCUGCGCGCCCCGCCAACUCUGUCGGUCAGCGCGGACGCCAUCCUGCGCAGGAUGUCCAGGGUGGCAAAAUGCGCCCCGGGGACCGAGGGAGGUCUGGAGCGCUGCGUUCGGGGAACCCCUUCGAGCCCGACGGGCACCUGCCCUUGCCCGCGGGUGGUGGCAUGCUGCUGGAACGUCAGCAGGCGGGCGGGGAGGCCAAGCGGGGCAGCAUCGUGCGCUUCAUGGCUGACGGUGCCCAGGUGAGCGGGGACAACCUGGUGUCCGAUCAGCACCUGGGGCAGAACUUCGGCUUCUCCUUCAUCCCCGAGGGAGGGAUGAACCCCCCGCCCAUCAACGCCAGCCCCUCCUUCAUCCCGCCGGUCACGCAGCCCAGCGCCCCCCGCACGCCCGCCAUCCUGCCCGUGGAGCCCCAGAACACCCUGCCCUCCUUCUACCCCUCCUACUCCCCGGCGGCCCACCCCAGCCUGCCAAGCGACAUUCCCCUGCAGUACUUCUCCAACCAGAUGUUCACCAGCCCCGGCGCGGACAAGAGCAGCGGCGCGCCCCUCAACAACCGCUUCGGCUCCAUCCUGUCCCCGCCGCGGCCCGUGGGCUUCGCGCAGGCCAGCUUCCCCCUGCUCCCCGACAUGCCCCCCAUGCCCAUCGCCAAUUCCUCCGGCAUCACCCCUCACCUGUCCAACUUCAACCUGACCUCGCUCUUCCCUGAGAUCGCCACGGCCAUGCCCCCCGACGGCACGGCCAUGCCUAUGUCCCCGCUGCUGUCGCUCGCCAACACUUCCUCCGCCGACUCCGGCAAGCAGACCAACCGCCCUGCCCACAAUAUCAGCCACAUACUGGGGCACGAUGGGAGUUCUGCCGUCUGACCGCUCCCUGACUCCCACACUGUGCCCCUGCCACAGCUGUGAGGCGCUGUGUCUUCACCGAUUAUUCGGUCUCAAGAGAAGGAGUUUUGGGACACGUCAACUGCUCAGCAGUGCCUCAUUGACCAUAAAACACAGGUGAUAACCCGGUAUCUGAUACCAUGGUAACCUUAGGUCAUAACAUGGCGUCGUCUGCACUUCUGACCUCUUUAGUGGUGGCAUGUGAUCUUUUUGUUGCUGUUAUUCAUGUAUUUAUUGGUCUCUGCACAGCUGAGAAUCGCUCUCCGUUGGUGUCUGAUCUGGAGAUGGGCCUGGGUUUGUUCUGAUAUGUACCGCUUUUUGACUUCUCAAAGAGGACAACUGCUUGACUCCCCGAGGAUAGGGACAAAAGCACAAAACAGACUAUUUUAGCUGAACGAUAAUGCUAUCAGGGUGAAUUUUAAAUACUUUUUCUGUUGGAAGUAAAUAUUUCUUAUUUAUAAGAAUUGUCAUCAUCAUAUGUAGAUAAUUGUAAAUGUGUAAAAAGCUGAUUAUUAAAGGUUUUUCUGAUUUAAAAUGAAUUGUAUGGACUGUAAUUAAAUGGACAACCAACAUGACAAUGGUGGCACUUAAAAACUAUUUUGCAUAGUUGUCAUGUU